AAAAAUUCAAUCCUUUAUAGCAUAACAUACACAUACAGUCAUCUCUGUCGUUGCACAAACAAAUAAAUAAGAGAGAGCAAUAAUGUGGUAAUGAUAUAAACUAGAGAAACAAAAAGGCAAGAAAGCAACAACAUUGAUAUAAUCUUGGUAGCAAGGUGUGGAGUAAUGGGCAGCAGAAAGCUUAUCCAACCAUCAAUCCCAGCUUCCCACGUGCUCCCUCCCAAUCCCACCACCGUUAAGAUGAUGAAACUUCAACCGGCCAAUCACAGCAAUCCCAUUAGAUUUGGAUUUUGGUCGCAUUCUUGUGUGAGAGCUGCAGAAAAGAGCUGUGAGUUAUUAGGUGGUGGUGCUGCUGCUGCUGAGGAGGAGGUGAUAACAGUAGAAGGUUAUAGAACUGCAGCCCAAAUCAAAGAAACUCUUUUUGCUGCGCUACAGGGCAUUAACAGAGGCAUAUUUGGAGUCCCAUCAGCAAAGAAAGCUGAAAUUGAAGAAUUGGUUGAGCUUCUGGAGUCCCAAAAUCCCACUCCUAAACCAACACAGUGUUUGGAGAAGGUAGCUGGAUCUUGGAAGCUCAUCUAUAGCACCAUUACUAUUCUGGGCUCUAAAAGAACUAAGCUGGGAUUGAGAGAUUUUAUCACCUUGGGAGAUUUUUUCCAGUCAAUUAAUGUUGCUGAGGGUAAAGCAGUUAACAUGAUCAAGUUCAGUGCCAAAGGUCUGAAUCUGCUGAGUGGACAGUUAACAAUCGAUGCUUCGUUCAAGAUUGCCUCAGAAUCACGAGUUGACAUCAGCUACAACAAGUCAGUGAUCACUCCAGAACAGUUGAUGAACGUUUUCCGCAAAAACUAUGACCUUCUUCUUGGCAUCUUCAAUCCUGAUGGCUGGCUUGAGAUCACGUAACUACAUUCAUCUUGUACGUAGACGAUUCCUUGAGAAUCGGCAGAGAUGACAAAGGAAAUAUGUUCAUCUUAGAGAGACUAGAGGAUGAUAAGCCCUGAAAGAUUUUGGUGACUCCCAAUGAAUUUGGUCUGAAUUAUUUGUUGUGGUUAGCCAAUUUUACAAGCAUCCCAUUUGAAUGUAGAACCAUAAUAAUGCAUUUUGUUACAGCUAUGUUGAGUGGAAAGCAAGAGCUGAAGCUUCUUUUUAUGAGUAAAGCAUUCUUAUGUUGUGCUAUCAAAAGGAACUUUGAUACACAAUUUGUAAGAACUUCUGCUUUACAUGAUGAACUCAAAGCAACAUGAUUAAUAAUUGAAUCAUUCGUAUCCAAU